GUUUAUUGAUCAUCAGAAUUCAUCCUAAACUUUCACCGCCCAUCUUUUGGACCUUCCAAAGAAACUUAUCUGACCAAAAUCUUAGACCAGAGAAGGAAGAUUAAGCACACACACACAGAGAGAUGCAGACCUCUCUGGUUUCCACAUUCUUUGUCUCCUUGCUUGUGUUUUCUUCCUUGGUGCAUUCACAGGAUUCUUGCACUUCCAAUCUCAGUCUUCAGGAUAUUCCAUUUUCGACUACCUCUCUUAAAUGUGAAUCUGUUUGGGCUUCUGAGGAUUUCAUCCUUCGAUAUGAACAGACUGGAUCAGUAUGGAACUUCAUCCUCUCGACGCCAGACACGAAUUCCUGGGUUUCAAUUGGGUUCUCGUCCAAUGGGAGGAUGGUCGGCACUAGUGCCAUUGCCGGGUGGGUACCGUCCGGCAGUAGCACCGCCGGAGUAAUCAAGCAGUACUAUCUAAGAGGGACGGGUUCUCAGUCCUGCCUGCCAGAUACCGGAAGCCUCAGCGUUACAAACAUGAGCAUUACAUCUCAAUCAUCACGUUUGUUCCUCGUCUUCCAAUUGCAGACCACUCAACCUCAGUCUAGCCUGAUUUACGCCGUUGGGCCAAGGAACAAUCUUCCAUCUUCGCCGGAUUAUCUCAUGGCUGAGCACCGUUCUCAGACCUCCACAUCCUUGAAUUUCGCCACAGGCCAGAGCGCAUCAACAAACACAGGGUCGACUCUGAAGACUACUCAUGGAGCUCUGAACAUCUUGUCAUGGGGCAUCCUAAUGAUCCUUGGAGUCAUAAUGGCUCGCUACUUCAAGCGCUACGACCCAACCUGGUUCUACGCACAUCUUACCAUCCAGUUGACUGGAUUCGUCCUGGCAAUAGCGGGAAUAAUCACUGGUUUUUUCUUGGAAGAUCAAACCAGUGGUGAUGUCGACACCCACAAGGCCAUUGGGAUCUUCGUCCUUGUGCUGGGGUGCUGCCAGGUAUCGGCAUUUCUAGUUCGACCAGACAAGGCGUCGAAGAUCCGAAGGUACUGGAACUGGUUUCAUCACUACUUUGGAAGGGGUGCAAUUUUGUUGGGGAUAGGAAAUAUUUUCUAUGGAAUCAGCAUUAGCAAUGGUGGAGAUUCAUGGAAUGCUGGCUAUGGCAUCAUUCUUGCAAUCUUGGCUCUUAUUGUCAUAGUUUUAGAGGUUAGGUUUUGGGUGAAAAAGUGAUACUCUUUCUAGAAGAGUGAUUUUUUUUUUCUUUUUUGUACCAUACAGAGAUAUCCUUCAGUUCCUCCAUUGUUAUUUCUACUUGUAUUAGUUCAUUUCAGUGUUAUUAUUUUCUAUUAAUCUUCUUUGAUUUGCGUGCAUUAA